ACUGUGAUUGGUGGAUAGGGUCCGCGCCCCCAACGCUGAUUGGCUGCUUGUUUUUGUUCUCAAUGCUGAUUGGUUUACGUAAACUGUAUGUUGGGGUAAUGUGUCCUGCUUGGCUCACACUUAUGUCAAUAGCGAAGGGGAAGGAGAGUAGAAAAGGGGCGGCUUCGUUUCAGGUAAUAUAAAAACAUUCCCACGAGGUUUCGGAUUGACGUCAGGAGGGACGUGCAUGUAAAUCUGCUCCCACAUCACUGCAGCUGGGUAUUAGACGGACUCACGAAGGCUUCCAGUCGUUUAUAUUCCAGUCUGACCAUCAAGCAAGACUAGCCAAGAGAGUGAACCUGAGGAUAGCAAUAACAGGAUUUGUAGGCGGCAAGAGCAACGUCUGCAGGUUUUAAUGGCCAAUAAGGAAAUCAGCUUGCCAGCCAAACUCAUCAAUGGAGCAGUAGCAGGAGUUGUGGGAGUCUCGUGUGUUUUCCCGAUUGAUUUGGUCAAGACCAGACUACAGAACCAAGAAAGCAAAGAUGGACAGAAGAUGUAUAAGAAUAUGCGGGACUGUUUUGUCAAGACAUUCCGGAAGGAGGGCCUCCGUGGCAUGUACAAAGGGUCAGGGGUUAACCUGGUGCUGAUCACGCCGGAGAAAGCCAUCAAACUCACCGCCAAUGACACCUUCAGGUUCUACCUACGUACAGACAAGGGCCAGCUCCCGCUGUACCGGGAGAUGUUGGCAGGGGGCGGCGCAGGACUGUGUCAGAUGAUCGUCACUUCUCCCAUGGAGAUGUUAAAGAUAACGCUGCAAGAUGCCGGCAGAAUAAGUACGACAGGUCAAGGUCCUCAAUUGUCUUCUGCAGGGGGUCUGUCCGCCGCGCCCAGUCGUGCCUUCAGCGCCGUUGCCAUGGCAGCCACGCCCCAGCGCAUGUCGGCCCUGAGAAUAGCGUACGACCUGUUCAGGACCAAAGGGUUGGGUGGAGUGUACAGGGGAGCAGGGGCCACACUUCUGAGAGACAUUCCAUUCUCCAUGAUCUAUUUUCCACUGUUUGCCCACCUGAACCACCUUGGGAAGUCGGAGGGGUCAGCGACCUCGCCCUUCUACUGGUCCUUCUCCUCCGGCUGUCUGGCUGGGUGUGUCUCGUCCGUCAUGGUCAACCCUAUGGAUGUUGUGAAGACGAGAAUCCAAGUUCUGAAGCGAGCUCAGGGUGAGGAGACCUACAACGGAGUGGUGGACUGUGCCAAGAAGAUCUGGGUAGCGGAGGGGCCGCUGGCGUUCAUGAAGGGCGCGUGGUGCCGAGUUCUGGUCAUCGCGCCGCUGUUCGGUAUCGCUCAGAUGGUCUACUACUUCGGUGUGGGGGAAUACGUCCUGGGGAUUGAACGCCAGUACUACUAGAGUGUACGAUAAGGCCAUGUUGUUUUGGUUAUUUGGAUGACAUGCACGCCCGCAUCAAUUUUCGGCCGUUUCAAAAAAUUGAAAGAAAAGAAUUACUGUAAAUCGUACAGUACAGCUCCAGAAGAAGUAAAUAUAUGCCAAUUAUUGCAAAACUAAUAUUGGAAAACGUAUACUUAUGUCACAGAAUAUUCCCAAGUCUGUAUAAGAAGAUGGGAAAUGAAGAAUCUGUUGUUUGGUAUCUUCUGUGUGUUCCGUCAUUUGUUCAACCUACCUGACCACUUAGAUUUCAUAAUGAAGGCAACUUUUUCGGGUGUCAAACUUUUUUUAUUCGCACGCUCUCAUCAGUUUCGGGGUUCCCAGAGGAUGUCAUCCAUAUAAUCAAAUCAACAUGGCGUAAGUGCGUAUAUUUGGUGCAUGCAUAAGACGCUGUGAGCAGAUUAUGCACUUUGGUGGCUCUAACAGCGUACAUGUAGUUGUUUUAGCAUGUUGUGCCCCAGAAUUAGAAGAUAACAUGAUGUUGUUCUCAUCGAAGGAACUUCUGGAAAAAGGUGGAAAAAAACAAGAAAAAAUUCUAUAUAUGUCCAUAGACGGAGAAAUAUAUAUAUAUAUUCUGUACAUAACCAGUGUUGUGAUUGUAAGGUGUAUAACAUGGUCAUCACAUUUUGUUGCAGUAGGUAAAAUAAAGAGGAAAACAAAGUCAAAUGAUCAGAAUUAUGAAAUUAUAAUUUCAUGGUUAUGUAUAUUUAUUUCCAACAAUAAUGGAAACAUGUCUGAACAUUUGUUGUAAUUCUUUCUUUUUUUCGGGGGGGAAGGGAGUUUCUUUGUAAAUCUAAAGAAGAAGGGAUAUUGUAAGUGCCAAGAAAAAAAUACUUGCAAACAGGGUACCUCCUUCUUGUUUACAACACAGAAACUACUUUUCCACAUAAAAAGAUACAUGUAUAUUUUUAGAUAGAAAGUCAUACCACUGCCUGUAACACUUUUAGUGCCCACCUUUCAUGACACAUAAUAACUUAUAGUAAAAGUAACUAGUGCAGCGUCCAGUUGUAUCUUCAAGUAGUUGUAACAGAAACAAGUGCUUUCAUAAUCGGCAUAUCUGCAAUUCUAUGUAGAGGCUGGCAAAAGGAGAGGACUCCAUGGCCUCAUGCGGUGCUUGUGUGUUGUGCAAAAGUGUGUGUCAAAGCAUUAAUGUAUCAUUGUCAUUGACCAAAUUAGAUAUUAUAUAUCGUAUAUACGGCCUCCUUCGGUCAAUAUUGACCAUUGUGUAUCAUAGAUAUACUAAGCAUUGUAGCUAAAGGUGUCCUGUUGGCCUUAAUGAAAAGCGGCUACAAUUAUCUGUAACUUCUCGAUAAUGUUGUGAUUUUACCCGAGUUCCACCAAGGAGGUUUUGAACCUUCUUGGUUCCAAUGAUCCUACAUCCAUGUUUCUCGCUGCUGGGAAAUUGAAUACUUUUAAAAACGUCCGGUUUCCACCAAGGAUGUUUUCUGGAAUACCAACCUUCGUGUGAGGGGCAAAAGAACAAGCAAGGCAGCUGAGUUUUGGACCAAAAAAGUGUGAAAAUUACCAAGCAAAACAACAACACACGAGUUAGGCCACACAACUUUCCAGUCAUGGAUGAUAUUCAUCAGUAUACAAAUGUUUUUUUCCCAACUGGGGGAAAGUCAAAUUUGAAGUCAUCAGAAUCAAGUUUGUGUCUUGACUGCAAUACUACACUGAUUAGAAAUUGCCAUGUUAAUAGCUAUAUCCUGAACAAUAAGUCUUAAUCGUAGUAUUGUGGAAUAAUUUCACAAAUAUUGCCUGAAUUGCUAAAAGAACUUUUUGUUUAAUGUUAAUUUUGUUGCCUGUUAAAAGCCAUUGAACAUUCAGUUAGUCUUAUAACAGAUUUUUGUUCAGAAACGUUUGUUUCAUGUGUAUAGGUUAAUGCUUCUUAAAGUGUUUCAAGCUAUGUGCGUGUCAAGAGCUAAAUAGGAGUAUCGAUAUAAUAAUGUUUCUAAAGAAAUGACCGCUUGACGUUGUGCCCUAGGUUUAUGCAUAUCAAGCAUAUAGUGUGCCCUUAAGAACUGUACGUACAGAUGUGUAUGUACGGGAGUGACUUGUUGUAUGUUUUCUUCUCGAAUGAUGUCACAGGUAAAAUAUAUUACAUACUAACUGCUGCUCUGCAAAUUAUCAAGUUCUAAAGAAUAUUUUUUGUGCCACAUUAGAAAAUUCCCUACAUUAUGGAGGGAAUGCAUGAAAAAAUCCUGUCCAUAGAUCAGGUUCUUGGUUGUAAGAAAGUAUAGCAGUGAUAUGAAUGUUGCUUUGUUUCAAAUGAUCCGUUGCUUGCUUUUCUUUUAGAAUCCACAUACUUUAGCGUAGUAAAGAUUACUUUUUCUAGUCGACUACGUUAGAAGGGAUUGGAAGGCAAAUGAUUAUUUGAGUGGUACGAACAAUUUGUGUUGUAAUAAAACCUUUAGAAAAUGGAUGGAAA